GAAAGCUAGCUUCUUCUUCUCAUUUGGAAAUGGCUUUCAUUUUGUCGUGUUCUGGCUGUUUUUAUGGAGCCAUAUGGUAUUCGAAACUGAAGUUCUCAAGUUUUCAUUGUGCUUGGGUCGAAGGGAAACGGAAACGCACCUUUUUUGAAAAGCAAAAAGGGGUGAAGUCUUCUUGUUAUGGUUUGUACAACCUCACGAAAGCUCCCAUGCGUACGUUGCAGUCUUCUUUCUUUGCUCGCUUAGAGGAUAAAGAGGAAGAGCAUAAUUCUAGUGAACCCAGUAAAGGCAACUCAAAUGAAGACGCAGAAAAAACUGGUCAACAUGAAAAUAAAAGUGGUGAAGAUGAGGCAACUCUUGAGGAAAUGGACCGACUGGCAGAAGAGUGGAUUGGUCAAGAUCUUUCACGCUGGUAUACCUAUAGAAAAUUUCAGGCGUUAAGAAAUAAACUUCUAAAGCAAGAAGAAGAGGAGGAGUUAGAUACUCAGAGAGAAUACGAAGAGUUGUAUGCAAAUCUGUUGAUGUUCGGGAAGGUAAUAGGCUUUCCGUUGGUGAAUGAGGAGACCGGAAAGAUAAACUUAUACGGAUAUAUGGUCAUGAUAUUGUUUCUGUUGCUUCCACUGGUUGUUGUUUGGUAUCUUGGUCAAACAAUAUCUUCAGGAGUGGACUGGAUAAUCCAACAUCAGAGUCCUUUUUAAGUUCACACAUUUCUUUAUUCUGUCAGCGUCAUUGGUAGUCUUUAUUCUUAAAUUUGGUUUUCAUGUACAUUUCUGCCGCCAGACUCUGAUCUUUUCUGCUCGAGCACAGAACGUAAAUUUUGAGGGCAAUAAAGAGUUCGAAUUCAGU